CUGGAGUUUUUCAAAGCCGGAGCAAGAAUAAGUGUUCCUUCCGUAGUGCUGAUGUCUUAAGCAACGGCAUAGUUUGGAUCUAGGAGAUAGCUCUUAGUUUCUGGAAUGGAGGUAAACACUUCCAGUAGUGGAACAGAUUCCCUAACCAGUGGAGAGAUUCCAAGGAGCAGGUCAGAGGGGACUUUGAUUGAUGUGGAUGACUGGACACCUUCAGGCAGCUACAAUGUCAGUGAAAGCAAAUCAGAUUUGGAUAUUGACUGGUCUGAUGUAUUCAGACAUACCAAUGUUGUUUCCAAGACUAAUCCCUUCUGGAAUGAACUGUCAGCCUCCAACCCUUUUGUACAUGACAUAGCUGCUUCAAAUAGAAAUGAAAAUAAUAAAUACCUUUCGAUCUUAAAACCAAAACCCUAUUUAUUCUCCAAAGUUUCUAACAACAUGGAUUCUUUGGCUUCCUCAGGCGAUGAGCUAGAUAUUGACUGUCUUCUAAGAAAGACUUCAGAAAGAAGAUCUGGACGAUCCAAGAGUGUUUCUGACUUUCUGGAUAUUGUUGAUAAUAGAAGAUUUGAUUCUUGCAAGACAACACCUCAAAACCCUAUAGCUUCAGACAUGGCAUGGCUUCAAAAUGACCGUGAAGCCUACAAGAUGGCUUGGUUGAGUCACCGACAGCUCACACGGUCUUGUCUAGAUUUAGAAGUCAUGAGCCAUAGUCCUGGAUGGGCACAAACACAAGCUACAGACAUCCAUGUAGUUUGUAAACUGAAUCAUGAAGGGGGUUCAGUACAGCUACCUGACUCAGAUAUCAACAUUCAUGUCCCCAUGGGUCAUGUAUUACCUGGGGAAUUCCAAGAAGUCGGUUUAAAGGCUAUACUUAACCCUCCAUCGUCAUUUAACAAUGAGAUGUCUAGCACUGUAAGUCCUCUGAUAGAACUUACGCUGAGCAACCUCAACACAAGGGAAGCCAUUUUCCUAGAGGUGAAAGUUGCAGCUAAAGUGAAGAAUGAUCCACUCAGCCAAGUUAUGAGUGACAUGGUGUGCUUUCUUAGUCUCAACAAAGAGGGGCCUUUUAAGAAGCUAGAGGAUUGCUACACUUAUCAAGAUACUAUACAAGUGAAGCUAACGGACCUAAGGCAUGUGAUAUAUGCAGUGAUUGCUGUACAAGCAAACAAAAUCCAGCCUCCAGCAACUAAUGUCUGGGAUUAUGUUCAUAGAACAGUCUCAGUUGGAAUUUAUGGUCCCAAACACAUUCAUCCAUCUUUUACAGCAGUUUUUACAGUCUUUGGUCAUAACUACAUUCCAGGAAAACUCACAAUUUGUGAUAUAAAAAAGGGAAGGAAAAACAUGCCUCCCGUUGUGUUUCAGCUGUGGGGAAAACAUACAUUUCUGCUUGAAAAGCCACAAGAUCUAAACAUUUCUUUGGUAUCCUGUGAUCCAGAUUUUGAAGUGAAGAUGGAAGAACAAAGCAAAAAAAUUAAAGAGGAAGAGCUGAAAACUGGUGAAAUGGUCCACCAGCAAUUCCUGUUUUCCAUGCUUGGAUGUAAGGAGAUGCAUUUCUUUGUUUUCCUCGUUCAGAUUAAAGUCUCAAAAAGUAGCCAAAUAACACAGUUCCAUGUUACGACUCCUGAUCCAGCUCCAAAAUUAAGUGGAAUUAUCAAUAGGCCAAAGCGCUUACAAAACUCCAAAAAAAUCAAGUCUGAGCCGUGGCUUUUAAUAUCAACAGUUAAAUAUCCAAAGUUCCAAGAUAAAGCCUUGAGUGUUAAUACUUACGGAGUCGCUUUGAAAACUGUGUUACGUCAAAAUAAGAUUGACUAUUUGCUAGAAUAUUUUAAAGGGGACACAAUAGCACUUCUUGGUGAAGACAAAAUAAAAGCUGUGGGACAAACUAAAGUAAAAGAGUGGUAUGUAGGAGUUCUCAGAAAAAAGAUUGGUCUUGUACAUUGCAAAAACAUUAAAGUGAUUUCCAAAGAACAAGCUAUGGACACUGCUGACAGUGAGCUUACAACCAGGACUCUUGUUGAACAAAUUGCAUUGCCAUUCAAAAAACUGACUUACAUCUACUCAGUAGUUCUGUCUACAGUAUCAGAGAGUGUUUAUGACUGGAGAGCUUUGGCUGAGGUGCUAGGAUAUUCACAUAUGUCUUUGGAUGACUUUAAUGAGGCACAUGCUGAUAAAGAAUCAGAAAGAGUUGCACAUGUUGUCAAGAGGAUGAAGGAAGACUGCCAUGCUAACAAAAAAAAAAGACUAUUUCUUUAUGAGCUCAUUGUUGCACUUUUGAAAAUAGAUUGCCAGGGAUUAGUGGCACGUCUUACCCAGGACACGAUCAUUUUGACUUCAGCUGUCAAACUUGGCAAAUACUGGCGUGAGCUUGCGGAGAAGUUAGCCCGACUCACAAAGCAUCAAAUUGAGGCUUAUGAAAUACCCCACCAAGGGAAAAAUGGGGCAGUAGCUCUGGAGAUGAUGUGGAAACCUGCAUAUGACUUCCUCUACACGUGGGCUGCCCACUAUGGAGGCAGUUACAGGGAUGUCUUACAAGACCUGCAAUCAGCCUUGGAUAAAAUGAAAAACCCAGUAACAAAACAUUGGCGAGAGUUAACUGGAACAUUGAUUCUUGUGAACUGCAUGGAGGUUUUAAGGGCAAGUGCUUUCUCUAAAAUGGAGGAAGAAUAGACUACUAAGAUAUGUUUUGGAAAAUUCUCUUGGGAAACUGUACUGCUGAUACCUGUGUUUCAGUGAUGCUUGCAGAGCACAGCAGAAUGCAGAUUGCUUUACCUGAGCUGAUGUUGGGUCAAGCCCCACGGUUCUUGGGUAUAGUUCACUAAAUCUUGCUACUGACUAAAUAAGAAAAGAGGAAGGAAUUAAACUAGUGAGGUCAACAAAAAUGACAUGAAUUCUACAGGGUAGUUUCUACAAGAAGCUAUUUCUGAUUGCACUGACUUCUAAGUGGAGAUCACUUUUAAACACAGAACUAUGCAUGGAUGAGUUCAGCCUGUGGGGCCUAGGUUUACAUUGUUUUCAGUGAAGUAUUAAAAUCUAAAUAUCUAAUACAUUAUUUUAGUUAGUGUCCAAACCCCUCAACUCUAUGUCAAUGGGUGCAGGUUAGCCUGGAAAAAACUUUAGGAUUCUUUUUCACUCAACAGGGAGAGAAUUAACCUUAUCUCUCGCAAAACAGGGAUUCAACAGUUAUUUGCACCUGGAAAUAUUUGCUCAGUCCUCCCAGAACAGCUUUUUUUGAAGACUGGAAGAGAGGCAAUUUGGUGGUCGAAGGUGACUUGAUUUGUUCGGUUUGUUGAUGUAACUCAAGAGGGUUUGUGUCUUUUUAUUUAUUAGUUUAUUUAUUUUAAUUCCAGCAAACCUGUCUCGAUUUGGCUGAGUAGAAAUUCAGGAAGCCUUCUUGAGGUACACUGCCCAUCCCUCUCAUCACUUGCUUAAUCCUACUCUUGUUAUUAAAAAGGUAAAUAGGGAAGAGUGGUUUUGUAAUGUAUAAGGGCUGUAGACAGUUCAUACCUGUUUCUGUUUACCAUUUUCUUCUACCUUACUGUAUGAAUAAUAUGGAUGAUGGCUAUUAUUUUCUCAAAAAUAGUUAACAAUGGGGUGUUUUUUAAAUUAAUUUAUUUAUGCAGCAAUUAAUCAUCAUUAGUCAUAUAUUCUAAAAAGAAUACUACUUAGAUGCUAUCAAUAAAAAUCUUUCAAUUACUGAAUAUAGCUUAUUAUAAAUACAGAAAACACAGGUUGAAUAAUAGCUUCAGGCUAACCAACUUUAUUUUUUUAUUUAACAUGUUAAAUUUAUUUUUAGUUAAGUGGUAGAUCUAAGAGGUUAAAGCUAUUUUGGGCACCUUUGAUCAACAUUGGUUGAGAAACAUCAGCAAAUACUCAUGACAACCAGCUGAAAUGAAAAUUGCCAUUCUGACAUCACUUACAGUUGAGAAGACAAAGAUUCUUUCAGGAGUAGCACAGAAUAGUAUCAUUUCAGUCCAGAACAUGUGCUUCCACUGUUACCUCAGUUGAUCUCUACUAAGAUGGGAGGUUUUGUGAUUCUAAAUCAAAACUGUAAACUUCAGCAUUUCUCUUCCCCUCCCCUUUUCCCAAACCUGCUUUCUUUACUGCUUUCACUAAGCUUUCCCAAAGCAUGCAUAACUCAGGAAGGAGGCUGAGGAAAGAGUAUUUGAUCCAGCAACAGAGGGUCACUCAUCAGAAGAUCCUUUAGAAUCAGGGAACAACUCUAUAAGUUUGUGUACAAGUUACCCCAUAGACUUGCUCCUAAUUUGCAAUGGAGUAUUUGUUUUUGCUGAUCAAGGAAAGGUAGGAAAAAAAGGAGUCAGAUUACCAAAGCCCCCUGCUGUUUCAGCUGCUAGCACCUAUUUUAUGUCUUGCUCCAUUCAGGUUUAAAAAAAGCUGCAGAGAAAAUAUAAAAUAACUUUCUCUUGUUAUCUGUACUUCAGUGCAGAGAUCAGCUGUUUCUUCCUUCUUGCAUGCAGCAAAGCCCCCAGAAGGGGAGAAAGUAUAUGUUGUCUUUCUCUUUUGUGCUGCUGGGUGAGGCAAAGGUGCAUACUGGUUCCUUUUAAAACGCUUCUUUAAAGGUAAAAUGAUAAACUCAAAUGUUAAAAUUCCAAGUAUUAAAAAUAGCAUUAAAUUAAAUUAAAACAAAUUCAUUAAAAUGAUAUUUACAAUGUACUACUGCAUACUCUCAGGGUAUUUUUUGUAGGUUCCCCAGACUGCUUCUCCCUUCACCUUAGACCCUGUUUACAGCAGGUACUGUGAAACCUGAACAGGAUUUUGCAGUGGCACAACAGGUCUCACACCAUAUCCCUUUUUAAAAUUGCUGCCUAACAACUGAAAUACCAGAGAUCACUGAGCAAGUCUUUCAGCUUCACCAUGUUCUCUUACCAGCUGAUGUUCAUGCAUCCCAUUAGAUUAUGCUCCCUUACUUAAAGCACUGUUAAGCCCUUGCCUUUUCCCUAUUCUCUUUUGUAAACCUGGCUGCGACACCUAAACAACUCAGCUUACUUCAGCUUCUGAAGACAGGACUUAAUUUCCAUCCUUUUUUUCCCCAUGUCUUAAUUUCUUACCUUUAGUAAACAUGUAUUACAGGCCCUAUUAAAAAAGUAAGUAAUUAAUUAGUACAGUCCUGUAUUUUCCUGUUGUUACUACUAGCUAAAAGUGGGGGAAAAGCUACCAGAAGCACCCAUUCCUAGUUGUGUGAUUCUUCCAAAUUGAGUAGCAAGGACAAGCUGCUCAAAUCUUUCAAGGUUGAAGGAGAAUGCAUCAUGAGAAGGUGGUCAGUGAGCAGGAACUCAGCAACAUAAGUGCUCAAAGAGCAGAAGCUGUUGCCUGUUAUUCUCAUGGCCAGGAUCUUUCACUGUAAAACAACAGCAAAGUUGUUUCUGUCUUCAAGGAGAGUUGAAUUUGGUCCAGUAGAUAUAGCAAAUAUUGACUUAGUGAGUCAGUAUUCAUCUCAGCUUGUAGAAUUAUGCAACUGGUCCUCCAAGAAUAUUUCUUUAAAAGGGCAUUUAUGUUUGUCUGUAGUUGUGCUGUACUCCAGAGUCUUUGACUGUGGGCUUUGGUUGCUAAUUGUACUCUCCAUUUUUGCUUUAAGUUUCUGCUCAUAUGAAUGAAAUGUGCACUCGUGCAAUAUUCUGUUUACUUUAGCAGCCCACACUGGAUAUAUAUAUUAAAAAAAGGUAUUAAGUCUUCAUAUUUUAUUUAGUGUUCUAGUAUUCAAAACCACAAAUUCCAGCUGAGAGUGGAAGCAGCUGCACUCAGCAGCAGCGCACAGCUAGGAGCACAUGGCUUGCGUAAACACGCUCUGUUCUUGACCUUUUCUCCUUUCCUCCCAUCCUGUCAAGAGAGAACAGCUUUCUCAUGAGCCUGCACAUAUACCUUCUUGGAUUUCUUCAAAGCAGGAUGAGAUUAACAACUCCUCUGGAGAAGACAAGCUAUAAUACCUGCCCCUGGGCCUUGCCUUAAAUGACCCCUUGUUUCCAUGUUUUCCAAUUUCUUUGUGUAGCCUGGGGAAAAGAGCUGGAUCAGCCAGUUCCAUUUCCCUUUGUAUGCGUAGGCAGAAAAAAAACCCUUUCACCAUCCUGCUAACCCCCAAAUAGGUAUGCUUCUUCAGUGAAAGAGCAAAUGAAAAGCUUGCUUGAUUUUUCAUUGUUUUACAAUUCUACCUUCCCAUGAAAACGGGAAAAGUGGCUCCCUAGGUGUGAUUGCACCUGAAUAGGGCAGAGGUCUUCCAGAGUGGGCAGUGACCAGAAAUCUAGUUGUCAUUCAUGCUAGAAAUGCUGUUUUAUCAAUGCAGUUGGAAGCUGUUCCUGUUGUUACAGUGCAGAGGCAUCUCAGCUCUGUGCCAUUUAAUGGCAUAAUGUGGUGACGUAUUCCUGAAAUAAUAAUAGUCAAGAGAGGAGAAAAGGCAAAUUAUUCCCCUACAUAAAUUCCAGUCCUCCUGCUGGGUUAGGGGAAGGAUUCAGUUCCUGAGGUUUCACUUGAUUUUUUUCUGGAAAGCAAAAAGGAAAAGGAAGGUUUUUUUUUAAACAGCCAAGCCAGUCUCCAGGCAGCAGGUUGGACGCCAAGAGCAAGCUGCAGGUUGAAGGGUGUUCUUCAUGGAAUCAUCCAGGGAUGAAAAGAGGAGGAGGCAUCAGCCAUCCUUUUUCUUACUGAGGCCAGAGAAAUGGGCAAGUGUGUCUUAAGAUUUUUUUUUUUUAAUGACUGAUUAUCAUGAAUUCUUCUUGUAAACCUAAACUGUAUGAAAAACAAAUAAGCAGUUCCAAAGGAGCAGCAUUAUUUUGUUGUGUUGAGUUGACUCUAAAGACCUAUUGCUAAAGUCCUUCUCAGUAAGUUACCCAAUUGAUAGUGACUUACUAAAUAAUAAAGGCUAUUGCUUAGAACUGUAGAUGGCAAUACCAUAUUCCCAGCUAAACCCAGUGAUCCUGGUUUUUCAUCAGCUAACAGCUUGCUUAGCUAUGGAAAACUGAACCAAAUAGGAAUAUAAAGCUUUGCUGUUUUGUUCUGUUUGUGUCACAGUUACCUGUGAAAAUUACCUGUGAAAAGAAAAUAAAAUGGAGACUAAGGGGUUUGGAUUUCAACCCCCACCCACAGGAAAAGAAUGUAGCAAUGGUAUUCUGUACAUUAGAGUGAGACACCAAGCCUAUUAAAUUCUCUGGAAAGGACCUAGAACAAUUGUCAAGAUUUAAAGAAAUUGUUAGUGCAGUGCAAGUGAUAGCCAUUGUGCUUGAUAUUACUGCUGCCAAUAAAUCUCUACAAACAGUAUGGGAUAUAGCUAUUCAAAUAACCUAUGAUUAUUCUUACUACAGAAAGCAUCCUUUUAUAUUUGUUUCCAAUGUGUAUAUAUUACCUAUUUUUUUAA